AUGAUUCGAGGCCAUGAAACAGAGCGAAUUAAUGAUGAACUGCACAGUGUAAAAUUUAAACGAGGCGAAGGCAAACUUGCAAAUAGAGAAGGCAGUGGAGAGAAAGUGGAACAAAGCUUCAUAGUAUGCAGAUACUGCGGUAGAAAGCAUGAGCGAGAUAAACAAAAGUGCCCCGCGCUUGGUAAAAGGUGUUUAAAGUGUAAUAAGUUGAAUCAUUUUGCCGCACAAUGCCUAACAACAAAACAUAGACAAUCGAGGGUUAAUCAAGUUCAAAGUGAUAGCAAAUCAGAGUUUGACGAAUUAGCGACGGUAGAUUACGUACGUAUAUCGCAAGUGCAUGCUGUGUCGCAAGAGUGUUUUUCAAAGAAAGUUUUCGCCACACUGAACAUUGGAAAUCGACCCGUGAAAUUCCAAUUAGAUAGUGGUGCAACAUGUAACGUCAUGCCAGUUAAAGUCCUUCAAAAGUCGGUGGGAUCGUGUAAGCUUCAGGAAACAGACAAAAUUUUGUCAAUGUACAACAAGUCUAUGGUUAAGCCAAUAGGACAAUGUCAGUUAUCUGUUAUGAAUCCAAAAACGGGUAAAAGUUAUAAAGUGGAUUUUGUUGUCAUAGAGGCGUCAUGUGUACCGUUGCUGGGAAGCAGCACUGUUCAAGAAAUGCAUCUUAUAGAAGUUAAAUAUGAAAACAUCAUGGCAGUGAAUGGUAAGACGAAAUCUGUUCCAGUGCUAACCAAAGAGUCGUUGGUGAAAGAAUUUCCAGAAGUGUUUGCUCGUACUGGAAAAUUUGACGGAAAGUACGUGCUAGAAAUCGACCCAACUGCUAAGCCUGUCGUUCAUCCACCAAGACGAGUUCCUGUAGCACUCAAGAAGCAGCUUAAAGAGGAAUUAUCUCGACUUGAGCGGUUGGGGGUUUUGAAGGAAGUUACCAGUCCAACGUCGUGGGUGUCAAGCAUGGUCGUGGUGCGGAAGCCGAAAGGCAGUUUACGAAUCUGCAUAGAUCCUAAAGAUCUGAACGAAGUGUUGAAAAGAAGUCACUACCCAAUCCCGACGAUUGACGAAGUAUUAGCUGAGAUUACCCGAGCUAGAGUGUUCAGCACAUUUGAUGUACGUAACGGAUUCUGGCAUGUCGAGUUAGAUGAUGAGAGUAGCUUUCUUACAACAUUUAACACGCCGUUUGGAAGAUUUCGGUGGUUGAGAUUACCGUUCGGAUUGGUAUCUGCCCCAGAAGAAUUUCAAAGGCGCCAGCAGCAAGUGGUUGAAGGUCUGCCAGGGGUCAUAUCCAUACAUGAUGAUAUACUAGUAUUUGGGGAAGGUGAAAACGAUGAAGAGGCAGUCUUGGAUCAUAACGUUAAAUUGAAUAAAGAGAAAGUAAGAUUUAAAGGAAAAGAAGUGCCCUUUAUUGGACAUUUACUAACGGACAGAGGUUUGAAGCCUGAUCCUGAAAAGGUUAAAGCCAUUCUAGAGAUGCCAAAACCCAAGGAUGUUCUUGUGUGUGCGCCGACUGGGUGGGUUCGUGAAUUACCUCGUAAUUUUGUCUAUGUUGAGCGAGUCUGCGAGCCCUUGAGGAAGUUAACUGUCAAAGAUGCAGAGUGGACCUGGUUAGACACGCAUGAUCAGGCCUGUGCGAAGAUCAAAGAGCUGGUAACCAAAGCGCCUGUGCUGAAAUAUUAUGAGGCGGAGUAA